GAUCGUUAAAUUUCAUUGUUGUUUCCUUUUAGGUGCAUUGUGCUUCCAUAAGCUAAAUAAAAUAUAUGGCUCCGCCACAACCACUGGUUUUCACGGUGAGGAGGCGGACGCGGGAGAUUGUUUCUCCGGCGGGGCCGACACCGAGAGAGAUCAAAUAUCUCUCGGACAUCGACGACCAAGAAGGGUGUAGGUUGCAGAUUCCAGUUAUCCAGUUCUACCGGAGAGACGAGACCAAGCACGGGAAAGGCCACCCGGCGAAAGUUAUCCGGGAAGCACUGGCGAAAGCUCUCGUGUUUUAUUACCCCAUGGCGGGAAGGCUGCGGGAGGGCCCCGGCCGGAAACUAAUGGUGGAUUGCACCGGGGAGGGGGUCGUUUUUAUCGAGGCGGAAGCUGACGUGGCGUUGGCGGAUUUCGGAGACGCACUUCACCCUCCAUUUCCGUCAUGUUGGGAAGAGCUUCUUUAUAAUGUUCCCGGCUCCGGCGGUGUUCUCAACUGCCCUUUGCUUCUCAUUCAGGUCACUCGCUUGAGUUGCGGUGGGUACACCUUUGCAGUGCGUUUGAACCACACAAUGAGCGACGCGUCAGGUCUGGUCCAGUUCAUGACCGCCGUUGCGGAAAUAGCGCGCGGCGCUCGGGAACCGUCCGUGAUGCCGGUGUGGCAGAGGGAAUUGCUGGACGCCCCGAAACCUCCGCGCCUGAUGCCCACGCACGCUCACCGCGAGUACGAUCAAUUUCCAGAUUCCAAGGGGACCGUUCUCGCCUGCCCUGACAACAUGGCGGAGCGUUCCUUCUUCUUCGGGGAGGCAGAGAUAACCGCUCUCCGGCGGCUGCUCCCCGUCCACUUACGGCAGUGCACCACCUUCGACGUGCUCACGGCGUGCCUGUGGCGGUGCCGCACCGUCGCCCUCCGACCCGACCCGGACGAGGAGGUGCGUCUUAUCUGCGUAGUGGACGCCCGGUCCAGAUUCAAUCCCCCCUUACCUCCGGGGUACUACGGCAACGCGGUGGGCUUACCGGCGGCGGUGGCCGCCGCCGGGGAUCUGACGAAGAAGCCACUGGGAUACGCGGUGGAGGUGGUCAGGAAGACCAAAGCGGUGGUGGGCGAAGAGUACAUGAGGUCGGUGGCGGAGCUGAUGGUGGCCAAGGGGCGGCCGCGUUACACGGUGGUGAGGACUUACAUGGUUUCCGACCUGAAGAGGGCCGGGUUCGGUGAGGUGGAUUUCGGGUGGGGCAAACCGGUUUACGGCGGGCCGGUUGCCAUCCGGGACGUUUCUAGCUACCUGAUACCAUCCAAGAAUGGAACAGUGGUUCCGGUUCGCUUGCCGGCCUCUGCAAUGGAAACAUUCGUGAAAGAAGUUGAUAAUAUGAUCAAGGGACGUUAUGAUCGAAUCAAUUCUCCUCUUUGAUUUUAACGAUUUCUUAUUCCCAAUUCACAAUAAUUGGAAUCAUGUCACUUUGAACUUAAUCUUUAUCAUAAGACAUUAACUCUCAAUGUUUGAAGAGAUUAAAAAAAUGUGUAAGGUACCACAUGUUUGUAUUUGAAAUUAUUCUCUGUGUUAUAAAUAUGACUGUAAAUU